GUCACCAUGGUGACAGUGUUGUGAAUAGAGCUGUGGACACGCCCCCUUCAGGGUGUGAUAGGAAGGAGAUGUGGUGACCCCGAUGUGUCGGAUCGAAUGUCCUGACACCUUCCAAGAAUAGAAAACGAUCCACGCUCGGUUGUAAGCCUGAGAAACACGAGACCAAGAAAACUCCUCAAUGGUUGGAUGUGACAAAGAAAGACCAUAAAAUGAGACGUCGGAGAACUUGCUGAGCCCUUGACCUCAGUUGUAGUUGUGGGAGGAUUGUCUCCAGCUUGUAUCAGCUUGUCGAUCAUUCGUUGGGUGUCGCUGCUCGAAUGACCCCAAUCUUCUCCACACGUCCCGACUGACUCUUCACAUCUCAAUCCUGUCCUAAACCAGUCCAGAGUCGGUGACUACGGGGAACCUCCAGACCAUGGAUAGGAUCACCAAGGAGGAGAACCCGGACAAUUCCCGUAUUACUCCGGAGAUCCUGAAAUCCCGGACUGGAGAGUUUGACCUGGAGUCCAUCCUUUUCCUGAAGCUGCGCUCUCUGGGGAUCCAUGAGUUGGGUUGUAUCGGAGAAUGCCUAAACCUGGAGCGAUUAGAUCUCUCCAACAACCACGUCACCCACCUGGCUCCUCUGUCCUCCCUGAAGAUGCUGGUGGCCCUGAACUUGUCAUGUAACCGGGUUUCCUCUCUGGAGCCCCUGGCCUUCUGCGACAACCUGCAAACCCUCAACGUGGCCGGGAACCUGCUGUGUACCGUCGACAGUUUGCAGUGCCUAAAAGGCCUUCGUAGGCUGGAGAGCGUCCGCCUGAGGGAUCCCGUCUACAACCUGAGCAACCCUUUCUGUGCCAACGGCUCCUAUAGACACGCUGUGCUGGAUACCAUACCCAGCGUUCGAGUGAUCGAUGGCGAGAGGGUCACCGGCAGCGGCAGCGACCUUUACCAUCUGUGCCGGGACAUCGAUAACUCCUUGAAGAGGUUCACCACCGGCAAUGGCUUGGUGGAGAUGCCGGGCUCUGUCAAGCCAUGGGUGGAGGACGGCUACUGGGACCCCAAGCCUUUCCAGAGCGCCAUCAUGGAAGAGACCUACAAGCAGUUCAAUGACAUUCUGCAGGAGUGUAAAGAACUGAGCAAGAGGGCCGACGACGCCAUCGCACAGGCCGAAAGAGCGCUCAGCAUCAGAGGUGACACCAAUUCCUAUGUCUUCUGAUUGGCCGGCUCCCCUUUCCACAGCCCAGCUGGACCUGCAGCCAACUAUUCCUACGCAUUGGAUCUACUAAAGCCCUCCAUCCCCCGAGUCUCAUCUAAAGCCCUCCAUCCCCCGAGUCUCAUCUAAAGCCCUCCAUCCCCCGAGUCUCCUGUCCUCUUCAUCUCUCUUCUAUUACAUUUCAGCUCUGGUGUGGUGGUGUCCCCAACUUUCCUGAUCCAGCGCUUACUAGAUGCUUCAGUUGUCACUUGUGGUGAUGAUGGUGACCCCUGUCACUUGUGGUGAUGAUGGUGACCCCUGUCACUUGUGGUGAUGGUGACCCCUGUCACUUGUUGUGGUGAUGGUGACCCCUGUCACUUGUGGUGAUGAUGGUGACCCCUCCGGUUCUCCCCCAGAAACUCUACCAGAGGCCUCUUUCCUCCUCUUGGACUUCCCACAUGCAACUUCCUGUCAUGUUCAGCCCUUAUGUCUUGUAUUCUGGACUGCACAUUCCCCAUUUAAUGUUCUCCUUGCUAUUGUCUUCCUGGAUGGACCUCCUCCGAGGUCCUGUCCUUUCUAGACGCCUCAUAUAUCUGGCACUUCAUGUGUGUAACCCAGUGUCGGCUGGUGCACACCUUUUUUUUUUGGAGGGGGGGUGCAAACAAACUGAAAAAAAAAACAAUUGCA